AGCCGGUCCCGGCUCCACCCCCGGCCCCGAAGCUCCGCCGGCCGCCGCCAUGAGUAGCUUUGGAGCCGGCAAAACCAAAGAAGUUAUCUUCAGCCUGGAGGAGGGCUUCGUGAAAAUGUUCCUGAGGGGCCGCCCUGUGCCCAUGCUGAUCCCAGACGAGCUGGUGACCACCUACAGCCUGGACAUGCGCUCGGAGCUGCCUUCCUGCCGGCUCAAGCUGGACUGGGUCUAUGGCUACCGAGGCCGAGACUGCCGGGCCAACCUUUACCUGCUGCCCACAGGGGAGAUAGUGUACUUUGUGGCCUCUGUGGCUGUGCUAUACAGUGUGGAGGAGCAGAGGCAGCGACACUACCUGGGACACAAUGAUGACAUCAAAUGCCUGGCUGUCCACCCAGAUAUGGUCACCAUCGCCACUGGACAGGUGGCAGGCACCACUAAGGAUGGGAAGCCGCUGCCACCCCAUGUGCGCAUCUGGGACUCAGUGUCACUCUCCACCUUACAUGUGCUGGGCCUGGGGGUGUUUGACAGAGCUGUGUGCUGUGUAGGCUUCUCCAAAUCUAAUGGGGGCACCCUGCUAUGUGCGGUGGAUGAAUCCAAUGAUCAUAUGCUCUCCGUGUGGGACUGGGCCAAGGAGGCCAAAGUGGUAGACAGCAAGUGCUCCAACGAGGCCGUGCUGGUGGCCACCUUCCACCCCAUGGACCCCACUGUGCUUAUCACCUGCGGGAAGUCCCACAUCUACUUCUGGAGCCUGGAGGGGGGCAGUAUGAGCAAGAGACAGGGCCUCUUUGAGAAACACGAGAAACCGAAAUAUGUUCUGUGUGUGACCUUUUUGGAGGGUGGUGACGUGGUCACUGGAGACUCUGGGGGGAACCUCUAUGUGUGGGGCAAAGGUGGAAACCGCAUCUCACAGGCAGUGCUGGGUGCCCAUGAUGGUGGUGUGUUUGGGCUCUGCGCCCUGCGGGACGGGACGCUGGUAUCUGGAGGGGGCCGUGAUCGGCGGGUGGUCCUCUGGGGCUCUGACUACAGCAAGCUGCAGGAGGUGGAGGUCCCUGAGGACUUCGGCCCUGUGCGCACUGUGGCAGAGGGCCGGGGAGACACGCUGUAUGUGGGGACCACCCGCAACUGCAUCCUGCAGGGCUCGGUCCAUACGGGCUUCUCACUGCUUAUCCAGGGCCAUGUGGAAGAGCUGUGGGGCCUGGCCACACACCCCAGCCGGGCACAGUUUGUGACCUGUGGGCAGGAUAAGCUGGUGCAUCUGUGGAGUACAGAGUCCCACCAGCCCCUGUGGAGUAGGAUCAUUGAGGACCCUGCAUGCUCUGCCAGCUUCCACCCCAAUGGUUCUGUCCUGGCUGUGGGCACAGUGACUGGCAGAUGGCUGCUGCUGGACACGGAGACCCAUGACCUGGUGGCUAUCCAUACAGACGGCAACGAGCAGAUCUCAGUGGUCAGCUUCUCCCCAGACGGGGCGUACCUGGCCGUGGGCUCCCACGACAACUUGGUGUACGUGUACACGGUGGACCAGGGCGGCCGCAAGGUCAGCCGACUGGGCAAGUGCUUGGGCCACUCUAGUUUUAUAACUCACCUGGACUGGGCCCAGGACAGCAGCUGCUUUGUCACCAACUCUGGGGACUACGAGAUUCUGUACUGGGACCCGGCCACCUGUAAGCAGAUCACCAGUGCAGAUGCUGUGAGGAAUGUGGAAUGGGCCACAGCUACUUGUGUCCUGGGGUUUGGGGUGUUUGGGAUCUGGCCUGAGGGGGCUGAUGGUACUGAUAUCAACGCUGUGGCCCGCUCACACGAUGGGAAGUUACUGGUUUCAGCUGAUGAUUUUGGCAAAGUCCACCUGUUUAGCUACCCCUGCUUUCAGCCUCGAGCCCUCGGCCACAAAUAUGGUGGACACAGCAGCCACGUGACAAACGUGGCCUUCUUGUGGGAUGACAGCAUCGUCCUGACCACGGGGGGCAAAGACACCAGCGUGCUGCAGUGGCGGGUGGUCUGAAGCAGGGUUCCCAGGGACACGGGGCCGGGAUAGAGUCAGGUGAAAGGGCUGGAAUUCUAUUUUCGGGAGAUGUCUAUUGCCGAGUAGAGUAAUAUAUACCCAGAUUAUGUCUAUAGCAGAGGGGGUUAUUAGGGUGGGAGGGUGGACUGACAGAAUCUCUAUUUAUCGGGGUAGGAAAAGGGGUCACAUUGCUUUGGGGGAGCCAUUGGUGUUUGGUUUGGGGUGUUUUUUUAAGUUUAUUCUUUUAUAUCAUCCAGAAAUAAAAACGUGCACUGA